GUCUCAUCUCAUGUAUCUUCUUAAGCAAAUCUCUCUCUCUCUCUCUCUGUAAGCCCUAAUUUUCCAAUUCGCAAUCUGUAAAAUUUUUAUUUUUCGAAUCAAAUUAAGCUCAUUUUUCUUUUUGGUUUCUGAAUUUACAUUCAUUCCACUGAAAAAAAUUCAAAAUUGAAGCGUGAAAGCUUGGAUUUAAGAUCCGAUGGGAGGCCAUGGAGGUCUGAACAUUCUUCCCCAAAAACGAUGGAAUGUAUACAACUUCGAUAACAGAGAGAAAGUCCGCAAAGAUGAAGAAGCCGCCGCUAAAGAAGAACAGCUUAAGCGCGAGGAAUCCAGAAAACGAGAUACUGAAUUCCGUGUCGAACAGCUUCGCACUGCUCGUGGGUUAGCUCCUCUAAUCAAACCCACCGAAUCUGAACCCAAGGAAUCCGAACCCAAGGAAUCUGAACCCAAGGAAUCUGCUCACAUUAAUCUGUUUGAGGGAAUUAGGAUUUUUGAUCCCAUUAAAGUAGGGUUAGAGAAUAAGGAUAAGAAGAAAGGUGACACUGAGAAAAUAGAUGGGUUUAAUAAGAAAUUGAGGAAGAUGAUAAAGAAAGAGGAACCUAAGGUUGUGACUGAGGAAGAUGAGAAGUACAGGUUGGGUUAUGGUCUUGCUGGGAAAGGAGUGAAGUUGCCUUGGUAUCUUGAGAAACCUAUUGAGGAUUUGAGUAGUGAGAGAGGAAGAAACUGUAAUGGGUCUUCUUCUUCUGAUGAAGAAGAGGAGAAGAUGAAGAAGAAUAAGGGAAAGAAGACUUUGCAAGAGCUGAGGGAAGAACGGUUAAGAAGAGAAAAACGUGAGAAGGAAAGGGAAAGAGCUUUGGUAAUUGAGAAAAGUAGUAGGGGUAUUAGAGAUGGAGCUAAUCCUCGGCAUAGAAACUUCUCUUCAAGGAUUGAUGGAGAUAGAGAUAGAGACAAAUACAAUCCCAGCCCCAAGCGUAGAAAGUUCUCUGGGAGGGUGUGAUAUAAGAGUUUGAAGGAGACCGGGAAUACGGGAAACUAGUGCAGGCUGUAGUUUCUUCCGUCUGAAAGCUCCUCGAGUACAUUCCAUGGAGAAGGAACAACUGCAUUUAUUGAUUAAGCUGUAGAAAUUUGUACAUUUUCCUGUUGUUUGAGCACACUCUUUAUAUGCUGCAUACUUUGGGCGAUUCACAAGCUCCUUGUUUAUGUAGAAAUAGUGGAAGAAGAUGAAGAACACGCUUCUGGUGAUGGUGAAUCUUGUAAACAGACAAGAGAUACUUUCAUCAGGUUCCUUUCCAAGUAAAGACUGUCUUUAUCAGCCUGAUGGUCCAUGAGCGUCUUACGUAGUAGAGCCAUAACUCUUGACCAAACAGUUAAAAUGAAACGUAUAGAGCAAGCUUGUCCUUGUCCCCUUCCAUGGAGAAGGAACAACUGUAAUUUUUUUUUUAAUUAAGUUGUACACAUUUGUCCAUUUUUGUGAAAUUGGAGCACACCCUUUUACGUGAAUGCAUAUUUAAGGUGAUUUGCACCCCUCA